UGUACUUUCGAAAAGAAUAGAAACAUGAGUUCAGCGAGCAGAGCUUGGAUCGCGGCAACAAGCGUUGGAGUUGUGGAGGCCUUGAAGGACCAAGGGGUUUGCAGAUGGAACUACGCUUUAAGGUCAGUUCAACAGCAUCUGAAGAAUCAGGCUAGGUCCAUCUCUCAGGCGAAGAAGCUGUCUUCUCCUUCUUCUGCCAUGGUUUCCAAAAGACUCAAGGACAAUAAGGCAAAACAAUCAGAAGAGUCUCUUAGGACGGUCAUGUAUUUGAGUUGCUGGGGUCCUAAUUAGAACCCAACAGCAUCAUCCUUUUUUUCCCCUCUCGUAGAACGAAAAAUUGUUUGUCCUUUGUGAAAGCUGUAAGCCUGUAACUAUGUAAAUUUUUGAUAAAUGAUAGAUGCAGUGAGAAACACUAGCAAA